AUGGAGGACGUGGACGGCGAUGGCGAUGCCCGCCCCGAGCAGCAACGCUUCGACUCCUCCGGCACCAUGUCGUCCGACAACGGCGAUGCGCGCGAUGAGACGUACAGCGACAGCGAGGCCACCUCCGCCUCUCAGCGCAUCUUCACCCCCGCCAGCACCCUCGCCAGCGACGACGUGCCCCCGUUGAACCACUUCUCCAGCUAUGGCUGGAGCGCCGCCGCCCCCCUCCGCCCCGCUCCCGGCAAGAUGGCCAUGACCCCCGGCCCCUACGAGGGCCUCCCGGGCCUGCCGCAGCCGUCCAUGACGAACGGCAUGCAUUCCUCCCAGCGUCCCCCGCGACCCACCGCUCUCCGCCAGCUCUCCAACGCAUAUGCUCCUCCCCGUCGUCCCCACCAAUACUCCGUCAGCUCCGCCGGCCGCCAGCGCUCCGGCUCCACCCACCGCUCCCGCCGCAAUCCCAAUGCCGAAUUUCGCGCACAAGAGCGCGCCUACGUCCAACGCAUCCGGCAAAACGAGGCGCCCGAGAAUGACUUCUACGCCGAGCCACGCACGCCCAGCUUGGGCUUCAGCAGCGGCUCCGAGCCCGAAGACGGCUCGCCCACCGCCAACAACUUUCCCGAGAACGAUCCCUACGACCAAGAGGUCAUGCUCUACUACGGUAGCUACGACGCCGAGCCAUCGGUGGAAGAGUUGAAGAUACCGGCGAAUCGGGAGAGAUUGGAGUGGCACGCUAUGCUUGCAAACGUCCUGACCGGAGAUGUCGUGAAGCAGGAGAAGAAACGACUGAUUGGCGGGCUCGAGCAGGGCGGGGAGAACUCCCUCCGAACGGAGGUAUGGAUGGGCGUGCGGGCCAAAACGUGCGGCCGGACGGUGGCAGCGCAAAAGCGCCUGAUAGAGGAGGCUCGCACAAAGAUCAAGCAGUCCAUCGAGAGCAUCGUCUCCUUCGAAAUCAAGGGCGAAGCGGAAACAGGCAAGACGGCGGCGGACCAGGUGGAUGGCAUUGUCAGGAAGGUGGAACAGAUUGAGAGCCUCUAUCCCACUCGACAGGCCUUCGAAGCUGCGCACCCUCGGGGCGCCGCGCAAGCGUACAGAGACACGUGUGAUGCCGUCGUCUCCUGGCACAACACCAUGCAGCUUAUCAACACCGAGCUCGGCAUUCUCCAGAGAUGGGUGGGCAACGAGGAACUCGACUUCCUGAAACGCCGCGAGCAGCCCUCCGACGGCCACCCAAGCAACCUCUUCGACGAAAGCUCCUUCAUUGACCGCAUUUUGAAGGAGGACGGACUGAAAUCACUGCAAGGGGACAACAGCUUAUUGAAUGGGGUGAAUGGGGUCAUCCACAAGGCCAAAGCCACUCUGAUCCUCAAUGCUGGAGGCUUUGCCGAUCGACAUCUACCGCCAUACAUCGAGGAGCUGCUGACGCUGAUCAACUUUCCGAGCCGACUGAUCCAGGAAAUCAUCAAAGUGCGCCUGUCGUAUGCACGGAACAUGAAAGAUCCCAAGCAACAAGGCGUCAUGAUGGCUGAGCAGAUGAUUCUUCAAUUUCAAAUCCUCCUCAAACUUGCUGUGCACAUCAAGGAGGAAUACACCGUCGUUGCACGUCCCGAACCGGGCUGGGACUUGCCACCCUGCAUCGACGACGCCUUCGACAGUGUCGUGUUGGAGGCUCUCAAGUUCUACUUCGAGAUGCUCAAUUGGAAGCUCAAGGCCAACAAGAACACUUUCAAAGAAGCCGAAAUCCUCGAGCAGGAAUGGGACUUCUCCAACGAGCUGGGCAGACACCUCGAUGGUGGUGAUGUUGAAGUGGCCGAGCAAUUUUCCGGCCUGACAAGCAAGAGCUUGGCAAGGCUGACUACCAGCUUCGAGGAAGAGCUGCACCGACGGCCUGGCGAAGUGGCCGGUGCUGAGAUGGACAAACGGUACAAGUCCAUCUUGGAUUCCGUGCGAGUCAGGCAGAGGAAGAUCUUCCGUUUCUCCCGACACCUGAGUCAACGGUUCGAAAAUGCCACCGAGUAUAACAUCAACAUCGAGAACGACCAUUACCAAGAUCUUCUCGAUGCUCUCGUGUACUCGGGUCAUUUCUUGGUCGAGACUCAAGCCAGUCCGUCGGAUUCCAGGAUCUACGUGAUCGCCUCGCCGGUUCUCAGAGACCGGCUCAAGGACAUCCAAAGCAUGCUUGGUACCUGCUAUCACGCCGAAGACUCUCCAGAAGACCCGUCCAACCCAUACGUGCUCAUCCUCAAACCCGAGAAUCCACUCACGUGGGAGGGGCAAAGGAUUGACUCCGACAUGCGGCAGCCCAAUCUUGGCGUGAAAACUGGACGCUUACGCCUUGUUGCAGACGGGAGCCAACAGCGUCUGGCGAAUGCCAACAUGGCCUUUAUGGCCAUCACGCAGAACACUGAGCUCAACGUGCUUAUCGAGCAACGCGCCAACCUACCCCGAGUGGCCCAGGAACUGACCAAAAUUCGAAAGACAGCGUACAAGCUCUCCAAUACCAUCAUGGAUUCCGUGGAGAUUGUGCGGAAGCAGACAGAGGGACUCGAAUGUCAAGAGCUGAUCCAGACGUGCUUUGCGUUUGCCACGGAGUUUGGGCAACGCUCUGCAAUCUACAUGGACAACCAAAGACGAGUCAUGCAUCAUUUGAAGCUGACGCAUCUGGCGCUUGACUGGGUGAGCUUCAUUUGCGACGACUGCGUGGCAUCGGAUCGCAAAACGUUCCGUUGGGCCGUGGUGGCGCUGGAGUUUGCGAUGAUGAUGACUAGGGGCCAGAACAUUCUUUCCAUCAGCGACGACGAAUAUGCGACCCUGCGAGCAAAGGUGGCUGGGUGCAUGAGCUUGCUGAUCAGUCACUUCGACAUCAUGGGAGCGCGGAGCACCGUGGCUGCGCAGGCCGAGAAGCAGCGGCUCGAGUCUCUGGUGGGCAAGGUGAAAAUGGACGUGAGCAAGCUGAAAGACGACGAGGAAAGCAUGCGGAUUGUACGUGCGCAGUGGCUCGACGAGCUGGACAGAGUGGACCAAGCACGCAAAGAUCGCGAAUCGGACCGGCAGGCGUUGGGAAGGGUGCUAGAGGAGAGCAACGAAGCCGACCGUGCGCUCACCCAUCUCUCUGCAAGUGCCGGUAACGUCCACCUACGUUGGCAACAGGGCCAAUUCGUCGGCGGAGGCACGUUUGGCAGUGUCUACGUGGCCAUCAAUCUCGACUCGGGCCAACUGAUGGCAGUCAAGGAAAUCCGCCUCCAGGACCCCAAAAUGAUCCCCACGAUUGUGUCGCAAAUCCGAGACGAAAUGGUGGUCCUACAGGUGCUAGACCACCCCAACAUUGUGCAGUACUACGGCAUCGAGCCUCACAGGGACAAGGUGUACAUCUUCAUGGAAUACUGCUCCGGUGGCACGCUCGGCGGACUCUUGGAGCAUGGUCGCAUCGAGGACGAGACCGUGAUCCAGGUGUAUGCCCUACAGAUGCUCGAGGGCCUAGGCUAUUUGCACGAAGCCAACGUCGUGCAUCGAGACAUCAAACCUGAGAACAUCCUCCUCGACCACAACGGCGUCAUCAAGUUUGUGGACUUUGGCGCGGCUAAAGUCAUUGCCAAGCAAGGCAAGACCGUCGUGGCGGAGGGCUCGGAUGGCCGGGGGCGGAAGGAAAGCAUGACGGGGACGCCGAUGUACAUGUCUCCCGAAGUCAUCAAAGGCGGCCACCACCCGCAUGCUCGCCUCGGCGCCGUCGACAUCUGGUCCAUGGGCUGUGUCAUCAGCGAGAUGGCCAACGGCGCUCGCCCCUGGGCGAACCUGGACAACGAGUGGGCCAUCAUGUACAACAUUGCCCAAGGCAACUCGCCCGAGCUGCCGACAUCCGAUCAGCUCUCGGCCACGGGACUCGACUUUUUGAGCAAAUGUUUCGAGCGAGAUCCGGCGAAGCGUGCCAGCGCGGCAGAAUUGCUUCAGCACGAGUGGAUCUUGUCGAUUCGCAGCCAGCUCUCGCUCGACCCAAGCACACCGCAAACGCCCGCCAGCGAAUCCGGGAGUUUUUCGAUGAGUAGCGACAGUAGCGGGCCCACGGGUCCGCACCGACACAACAGUCAUUGA